AUUCUAAAACAGAGGCCGAGGUUUGUUGCGUUCAAGAAGCAACCACCUUAUAUUGGAGGACGCGAUUGUUUAGAGUUAAGAGAUUAUCAGUUAAAUGGGCUGAACUGGCUUGCUCACUCGUGGUGCAAAGGGAAUAGUUGUAUUCUUGCAGAUGAAAUGGGUCUGGGUAAAACAAUACAAACAAUUUCUUUUUUGAACUACCUGUUCCAUGAACAUGAACUGUAUGGGCCUUUCUUGCUGGUUGUGCCACUUUCUACUUUGACAUCUUGGCAAAGAGAGAUUCAGAUUUGGGCUCCUCAGAUGAAUGCUGUGGUUUACUUAGGAGAUAUAACUAGUAGAAAUAUGAUAAGAACUCAUGAAUGGAUGCAUCCACAGACCAAGCGAUUAAAAUUUAAUAUACUUCUAACAACUUAUGAAAUCUUGCUGAAGGAUAAGUCAUUCCUUGGUGGUCUGAAUUGGGUGUUUAUAGGGAUUGAUGAAGCUCAUCGUUUAAAAAAUGAUGAUUCCCUUCUAUACAAGACUUUAAUAGACUUCAAGUCUAGUCAUCGUCUUCUUAUUACUGGAACCCCCCUGCAGAACUCCCUCAAAGAGCUUUGGUCUUUGCUGCACUUCAUCAUGCCAGAGAAGUUUUCUUCGUGGGAGGAUUUUGAAGAGGAGCAUGGGAAAGGGAGAGAGUUUGGUUAUGCAAGUCUUCACAAAGAACUUGAACCAUUUCUACUCAGAAGAGUUAAAAAAGAUGUAGAAAAGUCUUUACCUGCUAAGGUUGAACAAAUUUUAAGGAUGGAAAUGAGUGCAUUGCAGAAGCAAUAUUACAAGUGGAUUUUAACCAGGAAUUAUAAAGCCCUGAGCAAAGGUUCUAAAGGCAGUACUUCAGGAUUUUUGAACAUCAUGAUGGAACUGAAGAAGUGUUGUAACCAUUGUUACCUUAUUAAACCACCAGAUGAUAAUGAAUUCUAUAAUAAACAGGAGGCUUUACAGCAUUUAAUUCGUAGCAGUGGGAAACUAAUCCUCCUUGACAAGUUACUGAUUCGUCUACGAGAACGUGGCAACAGAGUACUGAUUUUCUCUCAGAUGGUGAGGAUGCUAGACAUCCUAGCAGAAUACUUGAAGUAUCGUCAGUUUCCUUUUCAGAGACUUGAUGGAUCAAUAAAAGGAGAACUGAGGAAACAAGCACUAGAUCACUUCAAUGCAGAAGGAUCAGAGGAUUUCUGCUUUUUGCUGUCUACCAGAGCUGGAGGAUUAGGUAUAAACUUGGCAUCUGCUGACACUGUAGUUAUAUUUGAUUCUGACUGGAAUCCACAAAAUGAUCUGCAAGCACAGGCUAGAGCUCAUAGGAUUGGACAAAAGAAACAGGUUAAUAUUUAUCGGCUAGUCACAAAAGGAUCGGUAGAAGAAGAUAUUCUUGAAAGAGCCAAGAAAAAAAUGGUGUUAGAUCAUUUAGUGAUUCAGAGAAUGGACACCACAGGGAAAACUGUACUACAUACAGGCUCUACUCCUUCAAG